UUAGAACAGUUAGCGAACUGUGUAACGAGCCAAGUAAAAAAACAAAUUCAAGCAUGAAUAAUAGGUUGUUUCCCUUUGUCUUUUUUUACCUGUUAAGUUAUAGGCUGUACAAUACUAUAUGGUCCUGCACGAGUGUUUGUUUUGUGUUAUCAGUGGAGCUUGCCAAAUGAUGAGUGAUAAAGUCAGUUAGAAGUGGCUGCAGCAUUUCCUGACUUGGAUUUCAUGUACCGUGUUCCUCAUACAACAAUCUCUCACUUCUAAAGGCGUGUGUGUUUCAGUCAAGGAGGUGCGGCCAACAGAGUCGGGAGGGAAAAAGUAUAGGAGUUCCACCCUCAUUUAAAACCGAGGUUUUUUGGUAGAGAACGGCAUAAGAACGGACAUCGAAAAUUGGAUUCUAUGAGUAACUGCCCUCCUCUGGAUAUUCGAAGGAGAUUAUUUGGGAUUUCUGACAUCGGUUUUGUCUUUGGUGUUUGGUGGCAUGCGACAGCCAAUCGAGUCCGAAAGUCCGAUGUACUGGAAAACUGAACAAAUGCUGGUGUGUAGCAAAGCGGAGAGUAAUGAAAAUAGAUUAAAUUCUAUGUCCAAUGAUAAGUUCUUCGUCAUGUCUGAGGAUAUCGAAGCGGCAGCCACGGGGGCUUUUGGCAGAUGCAGAAAAGACAUAGGAGAAAAUGAACUGAGCACUACAGAGGAGGUUUUUGUAGAAGAUUCGUGUUCCCUGUCUUCCUCCCUGUCACCCUCCUCUUCACCGCAGGGUAUGGCUUCAGUCUCUCUCGUUGGAAAAACACUUUGUACCAGUUGUGGUCUGGAAAUAGUUGACAAAUACCUGCUCAAGGUAAACGACUUGAGCUGGCACGUGAGGUGUCUCUCGUGUAGCGUGUGUCGAACUCCGCUCGGAAGGCAUGCCAGCUGUUAUAUCAAAGAAAAAGAAGUGUUUUGCAAACUGGACUAUUUCAGAAGAUACGGGACCCGAUGCGCCCGCUGUGGCAGGAACAUCCACUCGACGGACUGGGUCCGACGGGCAAAGGGAAAUGUCUACCACUUGGCCUGCUUCGCCUGCUUCUCCUGCAAGCGGCAGCUGUCCACAGGGGAGGAGUUUGCCCUGGUGGAGGAGAAGGUCCUGUGCAGGGUCCACUACGACUGUAUGCUGGACAACCUCAAGCGCGCCGUGGAAAACGGAAACGGUGUAAACGUAGAAGGAGCUAUGCCGACAGAACAGGAAGUGAACCAACCUAAACCAGCCAAGAGGGCUCGCACUAGCUUCACGGCCGAUCAGCUGCAGGUCAUGCAGGCUCAGUUCGCUCAGGACAAUAACCCCGAUGCGCAGACGCUGCAGAAGCUGGCGGAGAGGACCGGGCUGAGCCGCAGGGUCAUACAGGUGUGGUUCCAGAACUGCAGGGCCCGCCACAAGAAGCACGUGAGCCCCAGCCACGGGUCGUCGGGCACGGCCGUGUCCUCUCUACAGCCGCCCCAGCUCUCCCCGCCCCUGAUGGAGGAGAUGCAGUACGCCACCUAUGGGCCGCAGGACGGAACCAUCCUGACCGCCCUGCACUCUUACAUGGACGGUGAGCUCUGAUGCGUGACCUUUGAAUUGGGGUGUGUGUGUGUG